UUUGAUUUGAAAUGUUUGACACAGAUUCUUUCAUUUCUUGGAAUCCACUCAUUCUGCUGAUUUUCUGUUACUCACAACUUGAACUCCUGGCAGAUAAAAUGUUGGCAAACUGGCUGAUCGGGACUCUGCUUUUAGACAAUCAGUUCUCAUGAUAACACAGUUGAUAAUUAAGUCACACUUAAAAGAAAAUUACCUCAGUCAUGGCUGCAGCUUCUGCCGCUGCUCCAAUGGCACAGCCUGUAAUUCAGAUGUUCCCGGCUCCUGCGCCAGCCCAGGAUGCAGUAGUUAUUCCACCACGUCUGGCUACUGUUGCGGGGCGGAUGAAAUGUCAUUACUGCCAGAAGGAGGUUGUAACAGAGACGAAAUAUGUCAAUGGCUUGAUGGUGUGGGCCAUCUGUGCAAGUCUUGGCUUUUUAGGGAUCUGGCCGUGUUGUUUGAUUCCAUUCUUUGUGAAAGCCUGCAAGGACGUACAGCAUCGCUGUCCACACUGCAAAACCGUCAUCCAUGUGCACAAACGCAUGUAGCUUGCUCUGAAACAAAGAAAAUCUGAUAAACCAAAAUAAAAACUUUGAGUGUCAGAAAUGGCAGCAUUAUCUGGACUUUAAGGGGAAAGUGGGGUCGGUUGCAACACUUUUUGCAUUUCCUUCUGUUUCUCAGAGAUUGUGCGUGUUAGAAAAAGCCAAAAUUUUAAUGCUUUAAAGCUACAUCUGUCAGCUGUAAUGUCUGAACAUAUGAUAAUAUAUGUACAAAUUGUUCUUGAACAGACAAGAUCAAAUGCUACAAUUGACCCCAAAACAGGGGCAGUUGGGACAUUCAUAAAAAUGUUAUAAAAUCUUUCUUUAACAUCAUUUUAAGAAAUAAAUCUGUAAAAUAACAGAAAAAGAAGUGGCACCAUUAAUUUUAUGUGCAUUUCCAUUCAUUCUAAAAUACAAUGCAAUGUUGUGAAAAAUACAGGUAAAACACAUGUAAAAAAAAAUGGAAAUAAAACAAAAUAUUUGUUGUAAAACAAA